CGUCACCGCCACACCUGCGUUUCGGCGGAAGGUAAAACUUUCGAGCAGAGAUUGAAACACACACGAAACGCUCUUCAUACGGACUCACGGCGACCGUGCGAGCGCGUUAGCUGAUUUACGACCGGUUUACGACGACUUCAAUCCGGUUUAUUCAUAAAGCAGCUCUUUUUUUGCGGUAAAGGCCUCAGGAUUGCUGGGUUUUUUCCUGCUUUGACGCUCAAACGCUUCCUGAAACCCUCAGAAGGUGGUCAUGUCCUCUCAUCCGCGUCGAGUGCGACUCAAGCCCUGGCUGGUGUCUCAGGUGGAUAACGGGACGUUUCCCGGUCUGAUCUGGCUGAACCGCGAGACCAAACGCUUCCAGAUCCCGUGGAAACACGCCACGCGUCACACGCCGCAGCAGGAGGAGGAGAACACCAUCUUUAAGGCCUGGGCCGUGGAGACCGGGAAGUAUCAGGAAGGCGUGGAUGAGCCGGAUCCGGCCAAAUGGAAAGCGCAGCUGAGAUGCGCCCUUAACAAGAGCCGCGAGUUCAACCUCAUCUACGACGGGACCAUCACUCAAACCACAACAUAUUCCUCAUGUGUUUGCGCACACCUGGCGAAUAAAGCUAAUUCUGAUUCUGAUAAUGCUCUGUGUGUGUGUUUAGUGACGGAUCUGGAGGUGCAGUUCUAUUACCGCGGUAAGGAGGUGUGUCCGCCGGUGAUCGUCAGUAACCCGCAGGGCUGUCGUCUGUUCUACGGCGAUCUGGGGCCCAUCGUCAACCAGGAGGAGCUGUUCGGGCCUGUCAGUCUGGAGCAGGUGCGCUUCCCCUCCACCGAACACAUCACUAACGACAAGCAGCGAGUGUUCACGAGCCGCCUGCUGGACGUCAUGGACCGCGGCCUCAUCCUGGAGGUGAGCGGACACGACAUCUACGCCGUGCGCCUGUGCCAGUGUAAGGUGUACUGGUCCGGCCCGUGCGCGCCCAACCCCAACGCUCCCAACCUGAUCGAGCGCCAGCACAGGGUCAAGCUCUUCUGCCUCGAGUCCUUCCUCAGCGGUGUGAUCACUCACCAGCGCGGUCAGUCCUCGUCGGAGUCUCCUCUCUACGACAUUCACCUGUGUUUCGGUGAGGAGUGGCCCGACGACAGACCGCGAGAACGCAAACUCAUCAUGGUGCAGGUGGUGCCGGUGGUGGCGCGGAUGAUCAGCGAGAUGUUUUCUGGCGACUGCACGCGCUCCUUCGACAGCGGCAGCGUCCGGCUGCAGAUCUCCAUCCCCGACAUCAAGGACAACAUCGUGACGCACCUGAAGCAUCUGUACCGGCUCCUGCAGACGCACCAGGGGCAGGAGAACUGGCUCCCGCAGAGACUCUGAGCGCUUUUACUGUGUGGCCCAAGUCUAGCACACCAUUAAUGAUCAGC